GUUCCUUGCUCAGAACAUGAGAACAUAUGAAAGCUGGUGGUUCCUUUUAACAUGAGUCUUCAAUAUUCCCAGGUAAGACAUUUUAGGUUGUAGUUAUUAAAGGACUAUUUCUCUCUAUAACAUUUGUAUUUGUGAGAAUACCUAGUUUACUGACAUUUAACAAAUGUGGGAGUAAUGAUUAAUAAAUGGUGAUAAAACUAUAAAUGCCUUACAAAUGCUUUAUUCCUGAAUGUUAUUAUAAAGUAUUACUGAAUUAGGUCAUAAAUAUUAAUGCCCCAAAAGUGUGAUUCACACAAUCACACUGUUUACUGUUACAGUUCAGUAGUUAGACUUGCAUUAUAGAUGGUCCUUGUGCCCAGGGUCUGGGGGCUACCGCUGAAGCUGUUGAGGAGUGCUAACUUGACUAAAUGGCUAAUCAUGAUUUAUUCCAAUUGAGUUGUCAUUUUUUUGUGAAAGGUUAUUUUAUAAGUGCUUUUGAGAUGAUUGAUUCAACUAAAUGAAAUGGAAAUUAAAUUUAUUAUUUUGUUUAAAUCAGAGAAAACAACACACCAGAAAAGGAAAACAACAUCAAGGGGUGAUUGGGUCAGAAUACAGUGUUGUUGUUCUGAUGUCUGACAAAUAGUAUUUGUCCCCAUGAUGUAACUGAGACAAAGCCUACCUCAACUUGAAGAAGUACUAUUCAUAAUUCAGUUCAUAAUGGACAUUUCUAAACGUCUAUGGAAUGUUCAUAUGUAAUGCCACUAUUCAUUUUGACUGCAUGUGCUCUAGUGCAUACCCCAUUAGGCCCUACAAAGGCAAAACACAGUAACAAUGUAAUUUUUUUUCAUGCAAAAUCUGACUGUCUAGACAGACACCAAUUGCUGAUACUCUCCGUGAUAUAUUCUGAUCAACUGGCUUGUUCCUGUGUCAGGAAACUAAAUACCACAUUAAUCAGAUAAUAUAACUGGCCAAUACAACAGAUUCAAUUCGUAGGGCUGCAUACAUUUAUGCCAUUUCAUCAACUUCCCUACUGUCAACUUUCCUACACACUGGCCAGCUGACAUGUGGUGUGCCGUCAUGUCUCCUGAGGUUGUGGAUUAUGUUCCAAACUAAGCACUGACAUCCCCCAAACCAGUUAGUCUGUACAGUUAUCCUACUUCCCAUGUGAAAUAGCCUUUGAGUGACCAAAACAUCACCCAUACUAUAUUUUCCCCAUUAAAAUGCUCAGUUGAGAAAAUGUACAAUUUCUCUCAUCAGUAAAGUUGAAGGACAUGCUAGGUGGGCACAGAAACAUCCAAUCCUGUCAUACAUUACAUCAUAAAUUAUUUUUUUAUCUAACCCGUUUGUUCAUUUUUGUGUGUGUGUGUGUGUGUGUGUGUGUGUGUGUGUGUGUGCGUGUGUGUGUGUGUGCAGAGAGACUCCGGGGAGGGGAGUUUCUGUCAGUAACUCAGGGAUAAAUAGAGAGGCAGAGCUCAGAGUUUGUCAGAAGGCUGAACUGACAGGGUAACACACAGGACCAAGCAGGAGCAGGACCACAGCAUUUGACCCUUUAUUACAAAUGGAGGAACACAAAGAUGAUCAAUAUUGUUUUCAAGACAGAAACUCUUCUUGCAGAAAGGCUUUGCUCUCAACAUCUAUCUACAUAACACUGUACAUCUUCUUCUCAUUGAUUUCAGCAGUUACAGUAUUUUUGAACCUACUGGUGAUCAUCUCCAUCUCUCACUUCAAGCAGCUCCACACUACAACCAACCUGCUCCUCCUCUCUCUGGCUGUAGCAGAUCUCCUGGUGGGACUGAUUGUGAUACCAGUAACGACUGUAGCAAUAAUGGAAUCAUGCUGGGGUUUUGGGCAAUAUUUCUGUGUGUUUCAUAUAUAUAUGGCUUGUUUAUGUACCUCUUUAUCUCUGGGCAGUUUGGUCUUGAUAUCUAUUGACCGCUAUGUUGCUGUGUGUGAUCCCUUAUUGUACCACUCUAAAAUAACAAUAACAAGAAUGAUAUGUUGUAUAUCCAUUAGCUGGUGGUGUUGUACCAUAUACAAUGCUGUUAUUAUAACAGACAUUGUAAAUGUGCAGGUACCCAGUAGGUGUUUGAAAGAAUGUUUUAUUGUUGAAGGGUAUAUGUGGGGUAAAAUAAUGGACAUUGUAAUUACAAUGGUUGUCCCGUGCUCUAUUAUUAUAACACUUUAUAUGAAAAUCUUUGUGGUGGCCAGAUCACAGGCCAGAAAGGUAUUUUCAAAAGAGGCUGCCAGAGUGUCUGGUGUUAAAACUGUACAAGCAAAUAAGUCUGAGAGAAAAGCAGCAAAGACUCUGUCUAUUGUUGUUUUCAACUAUUUAAUUUGUUGGAUUCCAUCUCUAUUCGGUUUCUUUUUUUUGUCUUUUUUAAGUGACAAUUUAUCACUUUUCAUCCGUUUUCUGCCACUUGUUAAUUCCUUAAUAAAUCCAAUAAUUUAUGCUUUAUUUUAUCCAUGGUUCAAAGUGACAGCUAAACAUAUUUUAUCUCUGAAGGUAUGGCAUUCAUAGUACUAUGUUUUUAUUCCUAAAUUUGACAAACGUAGGUUUGAUAUCAUUACGUUAUACAAUUGUUAUAAUUGCUUCUUUCUUGUAACAAUACUGACAUUACUUAUCUCAGUGUUGUCAUCAUAAAUACAUGUGGUGUUGAUACAGAAUGAUUUGUCUGGAUUGGAUUGGAAUGACUUGGAGAAGGCAUAAGAAGGAAUAAGCUUGUUUUAUAAAAGACAUUGUAGUCAUUGUGGAUUGUGUACUCCAAAUACCUAAGUCUGUGGUUGUUCCAUGUUACUUAAUGAUAAAUAGUAAAUAUUCUAAAACUACAUUCUGAGGACGUCAUGAGUCAUUAUGUUUAACAUCACCCUCUAGUGGCCCAAUUGUGACACAAUGCCUUCAUCAAGUGUAGUGAAGUUGAAAUGAAAGACACUGCAUGAUAUCAGAUAACUUCCAGGUCUAUCUCAAUGGUGUAUUGUGUAAGUAGUUUAGGGUCAAAUGCAAGAAUAUGCAAUUAUGUGUAACACUUUAUAAUUUUCAGUAAUAACAAAUGUGUAAAUAAACCAUUUAUUUGUAAGGCAUUUACAGUUUGGUCACCAAUUGUUAAAUGUUAAUCAGCUUUGUAUUCUCACAUUUAUAAAUAACUACAAUAUGCAGUAAUGAUUAAACAACAGUGCAGGAGACCACAGUAGACACUUCAACCUCAACAUACUGGGUAUAAACACUACCACUACUCU